CACAUGAAAAGGAGAAACCAAACUCAGCUUUCAGAAUUCUUUCUCAUGGGAUUCUCAGAGGACCCAGCACUGCAGCCUCUCAUCUUUGAGUUAUUCCUUUCCAUGUACCUGGUCACUGUCAGUGGCAACCUGCUCAUCAUUGUGGCCAUCCUCUCAGACCAACACCUCCACAUGCCCAUGUACUUCUUCCUCACCAACCUGUCCAUGGUGGACAUCUGCUUCACAUCCACCACCAUCCCUAAGAUGCUGGUGAACAUCCAAAUGCAAACCAGAGCCAUCAGCUAUGCGGGCUGCAUCACACAGAUGUCCCUGUUCACACUCUUUGUUGGAUUGGAUAACUUUCUCUUGACUGUAAUGGCCUAUGACAGGCUUCUGGCCAUCUGUCACCCCCUACACUACAUAGCCAUCAUGACCCCCCAGCUCUGUGUGCAGCUGGUUCUGCUGUGCUGGGUCUUAGCUGCCUUGGAUUCACUGGUACACAGCUUACUGGUGCUGAGGCUGAGCUUCUGCACACAAGUGGAAAUCCCUCACUUUUUCUGUGAGUUGAAUCAGGUGAUCCACAGAGCCUGUUCUGACACCUUUCUCAAUGACCUCAUGCUGUAUCUUGCAGCUGUGUUCUUUAUAGUUGGUCCCCUGGCUGGGAUCCUGUAUUCCUACUACAAAAUCAUCUCCUCCAUCCGUGCCAUCUCAUCAGCUAAGGGAAAGCAUAAAGCCUUUUCCACCUGUGCCUCUCACCUCUCUGCCAUCUCCCUAUUUUAUGGGACAGGGCUAGGUGUGUACCUCAGUGCCAGCGCUGCCCCAGAUUCAGGCUCUACUGCAGCAGCCUCGGUGAUGUACACCGUAGUCACCCCCAUGCUGAACCCCUUCAUCUACAGCCUGAGGAACACAGACAUGAAGAGGGCACUGAAAGGACUGUUGUUCCAUAAAUGA